GUGGUGGUGAGCUGCUCUGUCAGCUGUGAGGGCGAAGCAGCUCCAUUUCGCUCUGUUCCUUUAGCUAAGGACUUCAGGCUGUCGGUCCGCGGUGGUGAACCGACCCUAAUGACUUACUGCAGGCGGGCUGUGAAUGAACCUGCUGCUGGAUAAUGGGUGGAGGAGGAGGAGGAGAAGUGUGCUGCUGCUGCCUGGAGUGAUCUGAAGAGGUCGUUUUCGUCUCAGGCGAGACGGUGAGGCAGCAAAGUUUGAUAAAAAUAAUAUCUGGAGAUGGCGAGUGACCGUGUGGCCAUCCUGACAGACGAUGAGGAGGAACAGAAGAGGAGGUAUGUCCUGGCUGAGCCAUUUAAUACCCUGUCUCUAGGGCAAGAAGCAAACAGUACUCCACCUAGUCAAACAUCGCCGCCCGCCUCAUCUGAGUCACCGCCCGAGCCGCCCGCUCAGCAAUCAGACUGCCUGGAGCGGACCUGCAUGAGAAUAGACAGCCGCCUCUUAAUCUCCAAGGUGUUUUACUUCUUCUUCUAUGCUGCCUACGGCUCCUUGCAUCCCCUUCUGGCUGUAUACUAUAAGCAGCUGGGCAUGACCCCCAGCCAGAGCGGCCUGCUGGUUGGGAUCCGCUACUUCAUAGAGUUCUGUAGCGCCCCCUUCUGGGGAGUGGUAGCCGACCGCUUCAACAAGGGCAAGGCCGUGCUGCUCUUCUCCGUGUUCUGCUGGGUGGUGUUCAACUGUGGCAUUGGCUUCGUUAAGCCGGCAGCUAUGACUUGUGUAGAAAAGGGACCAGAUGCUGCUACGCCGGCAAACGUGUCACAGUCCGGUUCCCCUGGAAACCACACCAGACACCGUAGACACUUGAAUGGGGAAUUAUUCCACCUGCCACUACUUCAUGACUUGUCCGAGGCUUAUAGUCCUCAAAAUAGGUACAGAAGAAGUGAUAACGUGAGCGUCUUGGAUGUAAAUACUGCACAGAACUUUACCAAAACGCUGUCCACUGACCUGAUGACAACAGUGUCCACCACGUCCACCACAACCACAACAAAAACUACUUCCACCAAGUCAACCUCCUCUACUGCCAAGUCCAAAGACUACAUCAUCAUUUACAGUAAAGACCAGGUGGAGACCAUCUUCCUCGUAAUCCUGCUGGUCAUCAUCAUUGGAGAAUUCUUCAGUGCUCCAGCUGUGACCAUCGUAGACACGGUGACCCUGCAGUACUUGGGAAAGCACCGCGAUCGCUACGGCCUGCAGAGAAUGUGGGGCUCUCUGGGUUGGGGAAUAGCCAUGCUGUCGGUGGGCAUCUGGAUAGACCACACGCACAUCACCCUCAUCAUCCAGGGCGCCGGCUGUAUUUUGCCGGACUACAAGAACUACCAGAUCGCCUUUAUCGUCUUUGGGGUGCUGAUGACAAUAGCCCUCAUCGUUUCCACGCAGUUCCGCUUCGACGGCAGGGAAUACCAGCCAGAUGGUGAGGAGACGGUGGAGCAGGAGAAGACGGAGGAGGUGGAGAUCCCACAGGUGAUCCAGAAUGUGUCGGAGUCCGGCUCAGACGAGGUUCCGGUGUGCCCUGAGUCCAGCAGCCGGCCUCCAUUCCCCUAUAAGGACCUGAUCCGGCUGCUGUGCGGCGUCCGUUAUGGCUCCGUGCUCUUCGUGGCCUGGUUCAUGGGCUUCGGCUAUGGCUUUGUCUUCACAUUUCUCUACUGGCACCUGGAGGACCUGAAGGGGACCACCACACUGUUCGGGGUCUGUGCUGUGCUCAGCCACAUCUCUGAGCUCACCGCCUACUUCAUCAGUCACAAACUCAUCGAGCUGGUCGGCCACAUCAGAGUGCUGUAUAUCGGCCUGGCCUGCAACACCGCACGCUACCUGUACAUUUCCUACCUGCAGAAUGCUUGGAUAGUUCUGCCCAUGGAGGUCCUUCAAGGUCUGACGCACGCGUCGGUUUGGGCAGCGUGUAUUUCAUACCUGAGUGCAGCAGUUCCUCCAGCUCUGCGCACCUCAGCGCAGGGCAUCCUGCAGGGCCUGCAUCUCGGCCUGGGGCGCGGCUGUGGCGCCAUGGUGGGAGGAGUCUUCGUCAACUACUUUGGAGCGGCUGAAACCUUCAGGGGUUUAGGAAUGGCCUCUCUUAUCAUCCUGCUCAUCUUCGCCCUCAUUCAGAGUCUUAUUGGGGAGAAUGAGGAUAAACGGGACUCGAUGUUGGCCGAGAACAUUCCAGUGCCUUCCAGUCCGGUGCCUAUCGCCACCAUAGACUUAGUGCAGAACCCCACGGAGUCGGCACCAAGGCUGGAGAGCAAAGCCCCUGCCAAGAAGAGCAAGGCUCAGGAAGAGCAGGAGGAUGUGAAUAAGCCGGCAUGGGUGGUGUCCACUUCCCCUUGGGUCACCGUUGCCUUCGCCCUCUAUCAGAUCAGAGAUAUGGUUGCCAAGGCGAAGAGCAACAACCCGACCCAAGAGACCCCACAGGAGAGCAGUGAACAGGAGUCCACAGCGCCAUCUGCUGGAGAGGCUCCAAACCAAUCCAGCGAGCCUCCCACUGCACCAGAGCAAGCCUCGGCAAACGAGGAUCCCGAUCAGCCAGUUUCUGAUCAGAGCGAUCAGAGUGCUUCACAUCAGACAGAUGCUGGCGAAUCAACAGAAGACCCACAAGCUGUCACUAAUAAUGAGGAGGCUGUAGAGACCCCCAGUACUGAACCAGAACAGCCUCCCCAACAGCUACCCCAAACAAAUGAAGAGUGAACUCUCAAAUUGAGGGUCAAAUCUGUCCACAAUGGAAAUGGAUUUAAAAUAUAAAGACAUGAACUUUGGACCAAAGAACAGAUGUCAGGUGUAUUUAUCUGUUGUAAGGGCUGCUUUGUCCAUUUAGUCUGCCCUUUAAAUAUGCUUUGCACUGCCGCCUGUGGGUGUUUGUAGCAUUGGUCCCCACUUUGUAGCCCUGUACUGACUGUCUAAGUAUCAAACCUUGUGGCAAAGCUAGGAAUGUUUUUAAAGAUGAAUGAAGUGAUUAAGCUCAAAGCACACUGACCAAACGGACGCAAAGAAUGGAAAGUUAUCAGUUGCCCUUCAGGAUGAUUAGAAGAACCGGCAAGCCAAAUUAAUCAGCUUGAGUAUGGGAGCUUCUGUGUAUGUACUGUGAUCCCAUUUGUGCAGUCAAACUGUCCACAUGCAGCUAGAAUGUAUCCCAGAAACACUUAAGUAGAAUAAGCACCAAAUUCUGGCAGUGACAGUGCAUAGCUUUUCAUUGUAAGCGUAAUUCAGAUAUGUAAAAGACUGACUGAUGAGCUCACAGUCCGUCCUUAUAAGCCCAUCUGGGUUUUCUUAAAACUUCAUGUGUGUUAUAUACAAAUACAGCACCUUAAUUUAUCUCCCAGUACAAGAACAAGAUGUUUACAUGUAAUGCAACGGUAAUAAUA